AUGCGUUUCUCCAACUUGAUUGCUUCUGCCUCCCUAUUAUCUGCUGCUGCCCUUGCUGCCCCUGCUAACCAUGAACACAAGGACAAGCGUGCUAUAGUCACCACUACUGUUCAGCAACAAACCACUAUCAUUGUUAAUGGUGCCGCCCCAACCCAAGUUGCUGCGGUGCAAGAAAACGCUGUUGCCAAGUCUGCUCCAGCUGCCGCUGCCGUUACCACUUCUUCUGCCGCUGCCCCUGCUGCUGCUGCCGUUACCACUUCUGACAGCAAGUCUCAAGCUUCUGCUGCUGCCGCAUCUCCAGCUUCUGCUGCUACUUCCGCUCACUCUUCUUCUUCCGCUCAGGCUUCAUCCACUGCCUCUUCCAGUGAAGACGUCAGCGACUUUGCCUCUGGUGUCAGAGGUAUCACCUAUACCCCAUACGAAUCCAGUGGUGCUUGUAAAUCUGCUAGCGAAGUUGCUUCUGAUUUAGCGCAAUUAACUGACUUCCCAGUCAUCAGAUUAUACGGUACCGACUGUAACCAAGUUGAAAACGUUUUCAAGGCCAAGGCUUCCAGCCAAAAGCUUUUCUUAGGUGUUUACUAUGUUGACCAAAUUCAAGAUAGUGUUGACGCCAUCAAGUCCGCCGUCGAAUCCUAUGGUUCUUGGAAUGACGUCACCACUGUUUCCAUUGGUAACGAGUUGGUUAACAGUAACCAAGCUACUCCAUCUCAAGUUGGUCAAUACAUUGACACUGGUAGAGCUGCUUUGAAGGCUGCUGGCUACACUGGCCCUGUUGUUUCCGUUGACACCUUCAUUUCCGUCAUCAACAACCCAGAGCUGUGUGACUACUCUGAUUACAUGGCUGUUAACGCCCAUGCUUACUUUGACCAGAACACUGUUGCCCAAGACUCCGGGAAAUGGCUAUUACAACAAAUCCAAAGAGUCUAUACCGCUUGUGACGGUAAGAAGGAUGUUAUCAUCACUGAAUCUGGCUGGCCAUCAAAGGGUGAAACCUACGGUGUUGCCGUUCCAUCUAAGGAAAACCAAAAGGACGCUGUUUCCGCCAUCACUAGCUCCUGUGGUUCUGAUACCUUCUUAUUCACUGCCUUCAACGACUACUGGAAGGCCGACGGUGCCUAUGGUGUUGAAAAAUACUUUGGUGUUCUAUCCAAUGAAUAA